CUCCGCUUGUGGUACUAUUUGUGCUCCGGUUCCCGCUUGCCAUCUCCUCCGGUACAUCCGACACAACCACGAACAGAAAUUCCUCAGUUUAGUCAUUUGGAGUGCGACCUUCUUCGGCGUUACGCGGCCUACCUGUAUUAUCGCAGUCGUGGGUGGGUUGUUCGUCCUGGUUUGGCUUUGGGUGGAGUUCAUUUCCUUCUCUAUGCACAAGGUCCUGCUUGGCGCCACGCUGCAUUUGGCGUGGUUGUAGACCGUGCUGAAAUGGAUGGUCAGCAGCUGACGUGUGCUGCUUUGGCUGUCCACGUUCGGGUCGUACAUUCAGUGGGAAAGGGUAUUGCAGUCUACAAAAGAAAUCUGGAACUUGUGAUGGCCAAUUCGUACGCUACUUCUUCAACAAAUCAAGAAAGGCUUGCAGCAAAUUCUAUUAUAAAAACGGAGAAGCUCCUGUCGACCGUGAAAUCGAUGCAUCAUUUCAUGCAUCGAGAUUUCCUGAAAGCAGGCUCGAAAGUAGCAGCAAAAUGA